AUUCUCGGUUCCCCUUUUCCUGCUGAAAUUUUGAUAUAUGGAUCAGAUAGAAUCAGAUUGUGACUUUGUCUCCGCUUGAAGUGGUCGAAGUGGACUCCGGGAGAUUCCAUUACCAAACCCUAACCCUAAAAUUCGAUCAUCCUCCAGUUUGAUUAUCCUUUCCAGUCGCUACAAUGACGCAGUUCAAGCCGAUCAUAGCGUCGCACAUCGACGACAUUUCGUCGCCCGGAAAAUUCAAGCCCGACAAGUCCUCGCCGUGGAUUCCCCGUGUCCGGCUCUACUCCUCGUUUCCGAAGCUCACGCUCUGGUCAUUUCUCUUCAUCGCGCUUAUCGUUGCGUGCUUCCUCGUGUCGUCGCUGUCGUCGUCGACGUCAACGGUGGAGUCCAAUCGCAGGAACCUUCAGAACGCUUCCUGGGGCGGGGAGGCUUGGGAGCGGCGCGUUCGGUCGUCGGCUCGAGUUCGCUCCCGGAGCGGCGCCUGCGUUCUGGUGACCGGCGCGGCGGGGUUCGUGGGAAGCCAUGUGUCCAUUGCCCUGAAGCGGCGCGGCGACGGAGUUCUCGGCCUGGACAAUUUCAAUGGUUACUACGACAUUGGCCUUAAACAGGCCCGCCGAGCCAGGCUGGAACGUGCCGGCGUCUUCGUCGUAGAGGGCGACAUCAACAAUGCCGAUUUGCUGCGCAAGCUCUUUGAUGUGGCGCCUUUCACGCAUGUAAUGCACCUGGCGGCUCAGGCUGGAGUGAGGUACGCGAUGGAGAACCCGAGUUCGUACAUUCACAGCAACAUUGCCGGCUUCGUGAACCUUCUUGAAGUAUGCAAAUCAGUAAAUCCGCAACCCGCGGUCAUCUGGGCGUCGUCGAGUUCGGUUUAUGGACUCAAUUCCAAGGUACCGUUUUCGGAAAAAGACCGUACGGACCGUCCUGCUAGUCUCUAUGCCGCGACCAAGAAGGCAGACGAAGCUAUUGCGCAUACAUAUAAUCAUAUAUAUGGUCUUUCAAUUACUGGUUUGCGGUUUUUCACUGUGUAUGGACCUUGGGGUAGGCCUGAUAUGGCGUAUUUCUUCUUCACAAGAGAUAUUCUGAAGAGGAAGCCAAUUACGAUAUUCGAAGGUCCUGAUCAUGCUACCGUGGCAAGAGAUUUCACCUACAUUGACGACAUAGUGAAAGGUUGUCUGGCUGCGUUGGAUACUGCAAAGAAAAGCACGGGCAGUGGUGGGAAGAAAAAGGGUGCGGCACAAUUGCGGGUUUUCAACUUGGGGAACACUUCGCCAGUGCCUGUUAGCAAGCUCGUCAGUAUUCUGGAAAAGCUUUUGAAGGUGAAGGCUAGAAAAAGAGUAUUAUCUAUGCCAACGAAUGGGGAUGUGCAAUUCACGCAUGCUAAUAUAAGCUUGGCUCACAAGGAGCUCGAUUAUAAACCGACCACUGACUUGGAGACAGGAUUGAAGAAGUUUGUCAAGUGGUAUCUCAGUUACUAUCAUCCUAAGAAGAAAAAUGCCCAAUGAAUCUCGAAUACAGUUGCAGAUGAAUGGAGAUGGUUAGCCAAGAUACGUGCAUUCCUCGAUGAAAACUCGAUUAUGGUUGGUCCUUUUUAAUUGCUUGUCAAAGCGUCAGUUUGUGAGAAAAUAGGUGCAUUUCAAUUCAUGGCUUCCUCUUGUGCUGGAGUUAUCUUCUUCUUUUGAGUACUGUUUGUGCAAGAAUCUUAUGGAGAUUGGAGACUGAAUGAUAAUGCUGCAAGUACCCAGAGAACAGAAGGAUGAAGUUGAAAUUAGUGAUGCAGUUUGGAUGCGCUGGAUAACACCUUAGCACAGGCGAUUUUCUGAAUGCUUGAUGGGAUAUGUUUUUACUUCAAUAUUUAAGAUAUGAUUAGUGAAAUUAAUUAUGCUAAACCUAUAAUCUCUUAGAAUUCAUGAAUACCGCUUGUAAUCUUAGCAAGGACAAUAAUAUAUGGUCCUAUUUCAUAUAUAGAAAAUUGAUAUU